UAUCUCUGUAUAUAUUUAUUUAAGGUGGAAAAUAUGAAAAAAAAAUAUUAUAACAUCAACAUCUUACUAUGAUAUUAUCAUGAACUGACGUGAAAAUGUGUUGUUGAAACAAAAAUAAAAAAGAUCAUGUAGAAAAUAUGUGAAAAGAGUGAAAAAAUUAUAAAUAUAUAUUUCCAUUAUUUUUCAUUAAAAAGAACGCACCAUUAAAGAUUAGAAAAAAAGAGAUAAAAAUAAUAAUAAAAAAAAAAAUCACUUUUUGGCUAAAAGUAUUAUUUUGUUCUUGAUUUACGUAAAUUAACCUUGAUUCAUAACUAAAAAGUAUUCAUGUGAAUAUAAGCAAAAUAUGAUCCAAUUCACAAAUAAAAUAUAAGCAAAAUGUAACCAAUCCGCAACUAAAACCUCCAUAAUUGUAAUUUAUUAUAAUAAUAACAAUGAUAAAAUUGUGAUAGUAAUUCUUUUUAUAUUUUUUAUAUUAAUCUGAAAUAACUGAUUUUUAUCUUUAUAAUAACGGCAGUUAUAUUUUUUUUUUUUACUUGACAGUUAUAUUUUAUUAAUUCACUUUAAAAAUAGCGACAAUAAAAGCGGAUGAGAUCCUCGGCUCAAAAUGAUUACAUGUUGAUUUUCCUCAAUUUAUUUCCCUAAUCGUUGUCCUUUUCACUACACUCGCUGUUAAGUUUGUCAAAAUGAUAACUAUAUCAAAUUAAGUUGAAUUCCGAAUCGUAUGGUAUACUUAUUUUAUAUGUCUCAUAUUAAUAUAAUCAUGUAAGAAAUUUGUUUAUUAAUACUCCAUUGAACAAAAGUAUAUAUUACUGUAAAUUCAAGGCCUAUUAUUAUUGCGCCAUAGGUCAAUCUCCUUUUAAAAUGAACAAGAUACCAAGUGGCACAUGCGGUUAGUAAUUAAUUAUUAACUACAUUAAUUUCGUUUACCAAUACAGUAAGCAGAAUCUUUUAUUUACUCACACUUUAUAAUUACAAAUUUUAUGUAGUUUUUAUAUUUCUUUGGUAAACUAAUAAUAAAUAAAACAAGUUUUAUGUACGUUGUUGAUAAUCAUUUACUAACAGAACUGAUCACCUACCUACCGUGGACAAAUAUAACGUACCCACCACUGAGAUAAAAUAAAAUUGAAGUAUUCCCUAAAAUAGAAUAGAGGAUUUGCCUAACACUGAAUAUCUCUAACUGCUAGUAUUUUAUUUGGUCAAAUAAUUUUUGAGGUUAGUUGUAACUGAAUGACCACUAAUGACCUAAUUUAUAAUUACAUCAUCGUUUUUAAAGUGUAAACGAAAUUACACGUAUGUUCACAAACAAUGAUGGCCUCUUAUAUUAAUUAUUUAGUACUACUAUAUAUACUUCACCGUUCUCUUUCUUAGAGAUUUUUAAAAAUAUACACAAUCUAUUGUUUUUUACAAUUGGGAUCACCCCAAUAUUUUUCAUAAAUAUAUGAUUCAUUCCUUCAAUACACACACAUACACUAUAUAUGACAUUUAUUUAUUAAUUACUCGAAUGCUUCUGAGUUCUGACUUGUAUAUUUUCGUAAAAUUUGAACUUAUGAAUCUCCUUCUAAUAUCGGAUUUAGACGUUUAAAUAGAAGCGAUCGAAUAAGAUAAAACGCACAACUAUUUAAAGAUCAAUUUAAUUAAACGCUAAAGGGAAUUUAAUUUUUUUAAACUAGAGUUACUCUUACCAGACAAAAUCGAUAAUAAUUAUGAAUCACGAUCCACGGUUUAAAAUCAUGAAUUAUUGGUCAUAUGAAUAUGAUACUAUAUAUUUUAUUAUUCAAUAUGGUACGAAUAUUAAUAAAUGUUGGAUCAAAUGAUAGUUGGAAACUUGAAUGCAUAUUUGAACGAUAAAAUGGUUGCAAAUCCAAAUUCGAAUAAUGUAGUUUUCCAUGUGUGGCCCUUCCUGGAAACGUACUGCUGUUGUUGUAUGCCUUUGAUCAUUCAAAUCCAAAAGCAAAUAAAUUUUGUGGCCCUUUCAAUCAUUCCGGUUUCUCUAUUCUAUUCUAUACACAGGACAAAUUAAAUGGGAUAUGAGUUGAACUUAUCAAACUAAUAUUAUUUUGAACAUGACACGAAUUCAACAUGUGCGGCUAAGCAAUCAAAUAUCCGGUGUCUCACUACCUUUUUUUUUUUUAAUUUCAUUUUUGAAUGCAAUUUAGUUUUAAUUUUAUAAUAACUAAUUAGAGUUUAUUCCACCUAAUUAAAAUAUAUAAUUAUUUUUAAUCAUUUAAAUUCACUCUUAUUAAUUAAUAAUCCAUCACUAAAGUUGAUAAAUUCAAAGUAAGAAUAUAUAAAAAAAAAAUAACUUAAAUCUUUGACAUAAUUAAAAGUAAAAAAAAAAAGCGCACACACACACACUCUAGCUCUCUAGGUGACUCGAACCCCGACCUAUUAGUUGGAGGAGAAGCGUCUUACCAACAGACUGCGCUUCAUCGUCAACAUAAUUAAAAGUUAAGUAUGACUUGCAUACAAAAAUUUAUGAAACAGUAUGUCAUAUUCCAAAUUCACCAUAUGAGGGUAAUCAAAUAUCCAUGACUUCUAUUACAUGAACAAAAUAACAAAACCAUAAACGAGAAAAAAAAAACAAAAGAAAAACUUAGAUUACGAUCUUAUUCUCACCUUCAACAAGAGAAAAACUAUCUGUACAUCUUUCUCCAAAAAAGAGGUCCACGCCGAUUUAUUAUUUAUGCAGGUUUCUGGAAUCGAGUUUUUCAAGAAGGCGAAAUCCGUGAGGCUGAAAAGCCAUCACAACAAAUUCCUGACGGCCGAUUCAGACGAGGAGCACGUGAUCCAAGACCGAUCGGGUUCCAAAAAAUCGGUGAAAUGGACGGUAGAAUUCGUGGAAGGAUCGGAAGAAGUGAUACGUUUGAAGAGCUGCUAUGGCAGGUACCUGAAGGCCGAGGAUGAGGAGUUCCUCCUGGGCGUGACGGGCAGAAAGGUCGUCCAAUCCCUGCCGAGGAAGCUCGACUCCUCCGUGGAGUGGGAGCCCGUGCGAGACGGCAUGCUGGUGAAGCUGAAGACGCGCUACGGCAACUAUCUGCGCGCCAACGGGGGCCUGCCCCCCUGGCGCAACUCCAUCACUCACGACAUCCCUCACAGGCACCACGGCUGGAUCCUCUGGGAGGUGGACGUGGUCGAGAUUAGGCCUGAGUCGCCGCCUAAGAUGGAGGCGAAGACGCCACACGAGUUGGAGAGAUCGAGCUCCAUGGACUUGGAGGAUGAGGAUUUGAGCUCUACUUCUUUCCAUCUCACCUCACCGGAUCACGUGGCUGGUGAAGAUCAUUACGGGAGGAAAUCGGAAGGAAGGAUGAUAUAUUACAAGGUGGUUGACGAGGAUGGGAAUUUCAGCGCCGGGGAGGAGGAGUCGUUUCAUUUUAAAGGCCACGGGCUGGAGGAGUUGGCGGAGAAGUUGGAGGACGUAACAGGGUUGGAGGACAUAAUCGUGUGUUCUAGAAACAUCGUAAAUGGGAAGCUGUAUCCACUUAGGUUGGCGCUGCCUCCCAACAAUGCCACUAUGCAUGUUGUUGUAGUUCCACCCACAUCCACAGUGGCGAGUGAGUUCCUGCCACCAUGCGGCUAAGAAGCCAAACACUUUGCUCGUAUAUUGUUAGUAGAUAGUCAACUUUUGGCAUGGCGCACAUGUAGAGAUGUGUAUUCGUUUAUUCGUGUUAUGGAACCGUAAUAUAUAGCUGCAAAGAUAUACAUAUGAGAGUAUCCAAUGCGUUUAGGACUAGAGGAAAUUUGUAUUUUUGGCAAUAUUAAUUACUACUGGAACUAAUGUUAACUAUUUCCACAAUCA